AUGGGAAAUUGCCAAGCCAUAGACAACGCAAGCAUAGUCAUCCAACACCCAAACGCCGCCAAAAUCGAGCGGCUCUACGGCCCAACCACCGCCGCCGACGUCAUGAAGGCCAACCCCGGCCACCACGUCGCCCUCCUCCUCACCACCACCACCGUCUACUCUUCCUCCUCCGCCGCCGGCGGAGAGAACAGAACCGCCCCUCUUCGGGUCACGCGGAUAAAGCUCCUCCGGCCGGCCGACGCUCUUGUUCUUGGCCAUGUCUACAGGCUUGUCACCACCCAAGGUCCGGUAAAACAGGAAAGGCACAGGUCAAGAAAUAACACACCAUCAAAGUCCAGGUCAUGGCAACCUGCAUUAAAGAGCAUCUCUGAGGCUGCAAUUUGA